GACUGUUUGUAACUUUUCAGGUCUUCCAAAAACGAGAAGAUGGAACCAUCGACUUCUAUAAAAAUUGGUCGGAAUACAAAUUAGGAUUUGGGAAUGUCAAUAGCGAGCAUUGGCUUGGUAAUGAGAAAAUCCAUCGGCUGUCGUCUGCAGGUAACUACGAGUUAAGAGUUGACAUGUCUUCCUUCGAAGGAGAAUCUAAGUACGCCCACUACGACAACUUUCGACUUGCUGACGAACAGAACAAUUUCAGACUGAUACUUGGUACUUACAGUGGCGAUGCAGGUGAUUCUCUUGGUGGGCAUCGUAAUUUACAAUUUUCAACAUCUGAUAGAGAUCAUGAUACGUACGGUUCGUCGUGUGCAGUGGCUUACAAAGGAGCAUGGUGGUACAGCAGCUGUCAUUCGUCGAACUUGAACGGCUUGUACUUGAAGGGUGAAACCGACCAGUACGCUAAAGGGGUCGUGUGGUCACAUUGGAAAGGUCAUUACUAUUCAUUGAAAACAACUGAGAUGAAAAUUCGUAGAUUGAAACUUUAGACUUCAAUAGUUGUUCAGAGAAUUACCUAAUGUCCGCUCUUGAUGAAUAUCAAUAUUCAACAAGGAUUAUAAUUUAUGUUUUAUGUAGUGUUUUUAUGAAACUUUUCUAGAAUAUUUCAGUUAUAGAUAG